CGUCAUACCGGAAACGGUUGGACUGCUGGGCAGGCCACCAAAAGCAAUGCUGUCAAACUCAGCCCACCCGAAGCAGUAAACAGGAAUGCUAGCGGUUAGGAAACCUUGUGUUAACGGUCGUUUGAGUUGUUCUGUUUAGAGAGACAGUUCGCCUAUCCGCGGCAAUGGAGGACGACAUUCUGACAACGUUGAAAAUACUAAUCAUUGGAGAAAGUGGUGUCGGGAAGUCCAGCCUCCUCCUACGAUUCACAGAUGACACAUUUGACCCAGAGCAAACUGCCACAAUAGGUGUUGACUUCAAAGUGAAGACCAUCAGUGUAGAUGGUAACAAGGCAAAGCUGGCAAUAUGGGACACUGCUGGACAGGAGCGUUUCAGAACCCUGACACCUAGUUACUACCGCGGUGCGCAAGGAGUCAUCCUAGUGUAUGAUGUCACGAGGCGAGAGACUUUUACCAAACUGGAAAACUGGCUCAAUGAACUGGAGACAUACUGUACAAGGAAUGAUCUUGUGAAAAUGCUUGUUGGAAACAAAAUAGAUAAGGAAAACCACGAGCUAGACAGGGCCGAAGGAGUGAAGUUUGCAAGAAAACAUUCCAUGCUUUUUAUAGAGGCGAGUGCAAAGACCCGGGAUGGCGUUCAGUGUGCAUUUGAGGAGCUGGUGGAGAAGAUCAUCCAGAGUCCAGGAUUAUGGCAGAGCGAGAGCCUCGGCAGAUCAGUGCAGCUCACCGACGAGGACGCGGGAGGUGGCAGCUGCGGUGGAUACUGCUCGCUACUCUAGACAAUGCUCGCAUACACGCAAACUAAGUUCCUCACAUAGAGGUGGGAAUACCCGACACACUCCGACGCAAACCUCUGCUUCCAUCCCCUGCUACUGUCCUCCUCCUCCUCACAUCACUUGUUGUGUAGUUGAUAGCCGAGUACCCGGACCGUGGGCUGGAUCGUCCAGCCCGCCUGUGUUCACACAGGCGUUACUGUUUGCACAUGUU